AUGCCGUCAACUGUCAAGUACUUACACGCUGCCUCCAGGUACCAGUUCUACCACGAUGUUGUCCGGCGCGGCCGCUACAUAUGGGUUGUCCGGGACAUGCACGCGCGAUACGGCCCCAUUGUGCGCAUCAACCCGAGCGAGCUUCACAUCUGCGAGUCGCAGUUUUACAACACGCUCUACGUCUCGGGGGGCAUCCAUCGGAAGCGCGACAAAUGGAGCUGGGACUCAGUCGGCGCCGGCGGCGUCCGCGACUCGGCCUUGUCCACCGUCGCCCACGAUCUUCACCGCGUGAGGAGGUCGGCCAUUGCCCAGUUCUUCUCGGCCCAGAACGUCGACAAGCUGCAGCCCGUCAUCCAGUCCAAGGCGGACCUGCUGGUGCGUCGGCUGGCCGAGCGUCGUGGCCGGCGCACCGUCGUCACCAAUCUCAACCAUGCCUUCUCUGCACUGACCAACGGUAAGGAUUGCCGAUUUGGCCUUCGCCGAGACCACCAUCCAUGGCUAACGCGCCGCGCAGAUGUCAUCAUGGAGUACUGCUUUGCUCGCUCCUACGACCGACUGGCAGCUCCAGACUUUGACCCCAGCUACAAGCACGCGAGCCACAGAGGCGUGCGGCUCGCGCAGAUUGCAAAGCACAUCCGCCUGUUGGGCUGGCUCGUCACGGCGAUGCUGGCGCUGCCCGAGUCCAUCCUCGUCCGAUGCGGCCCGGCGUUUGAAAUGUUCCUCACCGAGCGCAAGCGUCUCCAUCGCCAGAUCGAGGAGCUGACGCUCGAGUCCAAGGCCGUAGGCCAAGACGCCUCCCACCUGACCGUGUUCCGCGAGUUGCUGGGCAGCAAGCUCCCGCCCGAGGAGAAGACGCCGGCCAGACUCUCGGCCGAGGCGCAGGUCCUCGUCAGCGCCGGCAGCGAAACAACCGCCAAGGCACUGACGGUGGCGUGCUUCAAGCUGCUCACCCACCCGGCCGUGCUGGCCAGGCUGAGAGACGAGCUGGAAACGGCGCUGCCCUCCUUCGGCCUCGAGCCCGGCCUCCGCCUCGACCAGGUCCAGCGGCUGCCGUAUCUGACCGGCGUCGUCAAGGAGUCCCUGCGCCUGUCGUACGGCGUGGUCGGCCGCCUGCAGCGCAUCUGGCCCGACGAGGAAAUCGUGUUUCGCGAAUGGAUCAUCCCCCGGGGCACACCUGUCAGCAUGACCUCGUACGACGUGCACCAUGACGAGGCCGUCUUCCCAGACUCGUUUGCGUUCCGUCCGGAGCGGUGGGCCGACGAUCCCGGGCUGGACAGGUAUCUGGUGUCGUUUGGAAAGGGCUCCAGGCACUGCGUCGGCAUGAACCUCGCCAUGGCAGAGCUGUACCUGACGCUGGCCAAGGUAUUUCGGCUGUUUGGGUCAGGCCGUGUCCGGCGGCCAGGGGACAUAGGCCAGCUGGUCUUGUUCGAAACCGACGAGAGCGACAUCAGGAUGACGGGGGAGGUCCUGGUGCCGUUUGUGAAGCCCGACUCGCGGGGCGUCAGAGUCGUCGUCGAGUCCUGA